AUGAAAAGAGGGAGAGCCGCGCUUCGGGAUAUCGCCGUCCCGUUCCAGCGCACUGAAUACAGGGAGGCGACACUUUACGGGCAUGUCGGGGAAAUAGCUGAAAGGAGUACCGUGCUCGGGCGGCCAUUAUGGAAGUGGCGUCGGCACGUUGACCUAGAUACGGACCGAUGUAUUCUUCACGCAAGGCGACAGACACUCCACAGAUUGGAGUGGAGAAGGAGUGUCAUAUUCUUCGGCAGUAUUGAGACCAUGUCGAGGGCUGUUACCGCAGCAUUAGGACUACACGGGCUCAACGAGGGC